GCAAAGAACAAGACACGUCUAUGCGUUUCAAGUUACCAAAAUUUUGUGAAACGCUGUAUUGAAACAUCAUCUAAACCAAAUUAACAAAUAUUUAAACGAAUUAACAAAGUAGAACAUGAAACGAUUUAGCAGGGCUUUUUCGACAACAGACAAUGCACCCAAUUUGAAGAAAACAACAGUUACACGAACUUUAAGUCUCACGGAUUAUAACAAACGUCAAGGGGUUCUUCCUACGUAUGCCGAGACGCGUUCUCUGAAUUGUAAAGAUACUGAACUGCUACUCAAUGCCAUUCCCGCUCGUGGAAGCUUCCCUGAACUGGUGAACACAGAUUGCUCGUUGAAACGAGUAACACCUGUUAUGUCUGUACGAACAUGUUUUCGUAUGGGUGAAUUACUGAAAGUUAUGUGCUCUCAACGACGCAGAAAUGCAGUUCCCGUUGUUGUUGAGUACUUUGGGAAAAUACGCAACGUUAAACAAAAACAACCAAUUGCCCAGUUCGAGUUAGAAGAUGCAUUUCGCAGCGGCAAGAUGCCAACGGUUCUAGCACGUUUUUACGUUGUACCUAACCAAACAAACAACCGGCAGUGGCGCCCGGGCAUGCUAGUGCGUGUGCUAGCAACGCUGGAUGCUGAUUCGAACACAGAACGACUGCUGAAAGGAAUGCACAUUACGGGAAGUGAUGCAGACGAAAUACAGGAAACGCUUAAAAUGGUUGCUUAUGCUGAAGAAGGCAAGGACGUCGAACACUGCAAUGACCGCGACAAGAACGACGACGACGACGACAAUGAAGGCUUCUACACACCGACUACGUCAAGCACGGAUGCUAGUGAGGAUGAAGAAGACAAAUGAAUGGGAAGCAAGCGAGUGGAUGUGAGUGGGUGCGAGUGGAUCCGAAUAGUGUGUGUGCAUAAACCAGAGCUAAAGGAAGAAAUGGCAGCAAGGACUUACCGCACCAUUCACUGUUCUUAGUCUGCUCGGUGCACACACGGCGAACCGCCUUAAACAUAUUGAGCCAACCACUUGAAGCCUUCACCGUAGCCUUGACGCAAGACGACAGAGCACAUGAAGACCUCAAUGGGACGAAUACCGGGGGCCUGCUUGUUGUUGCCCUUGCCGGUGGUUUGGUACAGACCAAGAGCAUUCUUCAGCUCGUCCUCCGAGACAGCACCGGGAGCGUCAAUCUUGUUGCCGAGAAUCAAGAAAGGAACAUUGGCCAGCUCCUCCAUGGCCAGCAAGGCGUCAAGUUCAGCUUUAGACUCGGGAAGACGUUCAAAGUCACAGCAGUCGACAAGAUAAACGAUGCCGUUAACCUCGGGGAAGUAGUCUCUCCACAGACGACGGGCCUGUUGAUGUCCACCCAGGUCAAACGUGGUGAAACGGACGUUGCCAAUGGCGAGCUCCUCUGACGUUGGGUGAAGAGUAGGCUGCAUAACGGCAAGACGGUCGUUCUUCAGCAUGUGGAGCAACGUGGUUUUACCAGCAUUGUCCAGACCAAGGAACAGCAUCUUAGCAUGCUUGUUCACGAGGCCCAAGGAAGCAAGGAUGUCGAAAAACCAGUUGAGGAUGAACAUGUUGGCACAACUUGGUACGCGUGUGUGUGUGUGG